AAACGGCUAACUGGCGUGCUAGCCUGUUGGAGAGAGUAGCAUAACUAGUUGGCUAGCGUUAAAGCAGGGUGCCGAUAAAAGUGAAUUUACACAAAAAACAUUUACCUUACAGUCAGUCUGUAGAGAUGAGCCGUACACCGGAUGCCAGAGCGAGGGACAGCCAGACAAGGAGGAUCCAGGAAAACAUCACCAAUGUGGAGAAACAUUUUGGAGACAUGUGCCAACUGUUUGCCGCUUAUGUCCGCAAAACAGCCAGACUCCGAGACAAAGCAGACCUUCUGGUCCGGGAAAUCGGCCUGUAUGCAGACACAGAAACGCCAAACCUAAAGAGGGGCAUGAAGCAGUAUGCUGACCACCUGGCCAAGAUUCAAGACUACCGCCAAGCUGAGGUAGAAAGACUGGAAGCCAAAGUCAUAGAGCCGUUAAAAAGCUAUGGAGCUGUCGUGAAGCGUAAAAGGGAGGAUCUGAAGGCGACUCAGAGUGCCAGAGACAGAGAAGCCAAACAGAUGGCUCAGCUUGAGAGGACCAGACAGAGGAACCCCUCAGACAGGCAGAUCAUUUCACAGGUGUGUCCCAUGUAAUCUGUACAUCUUAUCACUGAACUGCUCAUUUUUUCAAUGUAACUCUGCCAUCAGGCUGAAAGUGAGCUCCAGAGAGCCACUAUGGACGCCACACGGACCACAAAACAACUGGAGGAGACAAUAGACGAGUUUGAGAAGCAGAAGAUCCAGGACAUCAAGAAAGUCUUCAGUGAGUUUGUGACUGUGGAAAUGUCAUUCCAUGCUAAGGCUUUGGAGGUGUACACUUUGGCCUACCAAAGCAUUCAAAGUGUGGACGAGGAGGCGGACCUGGAGGUGUUCAGGAGUUCGCUGCACCCCCCUGACUACCACUCACGCUUAGACAUAGUGCGAGCUAAUUCCAAAACGUCCCUUGAUCGGACCGGGUCUUUCCUGAGUACAUCAGGGACCUUACAGCAGCAAAGAGCUCGCCAGACGAGAAGAGAGGAGGAGGAGGACGAGGACGACGAGGAGGAUGAAGAUGAAUCUGAAGAGGAAGAGGGUGAUGAGGAUGAAGAGGAGGACUCAGAUGAUGAAAACUGAACCUUCCUAAUUUAUCGUGCUAUGUGUUUAUAUGGGACAAAAAGAGACAACAAAAGGUUCAUUAACUGUUUUAGCUGUGUCAUUGCCAAAACCACGUCAUGGCCUGAGCAGUAUUGUAGUCGCUGUUUCUCUGUUGUAGUCUAAUGCUUUGUGAGAAAUGUGUUUACUUACAAUUUAUAUCCAGUCAGCUAUUGUUUUAGCUAUAUUUUUUUAUGUCACACACAGUCUCAGAAUGUGCAUCACAUGGUCGCUUGUCUUUGUGAAUAAAAAUGUCCAUUUUAA